AUGUCACACAUUUCGGAGCAACAUGUUCUUGCAACUAUUUAUAUACUUGCCACAAAUGCAUUUGUCUUAUUUGCUAAUGAAAUCGUCGGCGAACCAUUUAUCAGUUGCUCAGCAGAUGCGAUAUAUGUAAAAUGGAAAACGAAUAUGACGUUUGUUGGCCAUGUAAAUGUAAGACAUGCGCCGAAUCGUUUCUGCUAUCAGGUAUUGGUAACAAAUAAUCAAAUAGAAUUACUCAUACCACAUCAAGACUGUCAAGUGAGUAGAACAAGAUCAUUAGAGCCAAUGGGUGUAAUAAUUGCAACAUCAGUGCUAAUUUCAUUUCAUCCCCAUUAUGUUACUUCUGGUGAUCGAAUCUAUCGAUUACGAUGCUUGCAUACUCGUGCAUCAGAUCAAUCAUUACUCCCGGGAUCAGUUGCACCUCCUAUUACAUCUACUAAUGCUUUCGGUGGAUCGACGAUAAUGCCGCAAUGCGAAUAUCAGAUACGAAGUUUAAUUGACAAUAGGAUUGUGGAUGAAGCAAUUAUCGGUGAAGUGGUCCGUCAUCAUUGGUCCUGUACCAUUCGUUCGGAUCAAGAAUUAUGUCUUGCUAUCACUAAUUGCUUCGUGAUGGCAAGUGAUUCAAAGCAUCAGCUUAUCGAUAAUCAAGGAUGUUCCAUGGAUCGUGCCAUUCUUGCGGAUUUAGUCUACAUUGAUAAUCUGAAUGUUGAACAAAACGUAUCCGUUUUUGGCAUUGCUGAAAAACCUUACGUUUAUUUUCAAUGUCAAAUAAGUUUGUUACCGUUAAAAACUCAUCAAUGUCCUAAACCAACCUGUCCUGACAAUCAUAGGAAUAGGAGAGAUUUACUUUUUAUGAUAGAAAAUGAUGAAACGCUAGUGUUGGACGUUGUUUCGCAACCACUUGAAAUUCUGGAUUUCGAUAGGCAUUUCAGAAAGAGAGAAUGUCAUCGAUCAUCGGAAGCUGUUGUUAAUGAAAUGGGUCAUGAUCAUAUUGUUUGCGUGACAUGGAAUUUAUUUGUUCUGGUUGCUCCACUCACUAUUUUUAUGGCAUUUUGUACUAUCAUAGCAGUGGUAUCUCGGAAUGUACGCUGUCGUGAAAGAACAUGA